AUGGGAUCCGAAAAAACCCAACAAACAUCUACAGGCGCGGGGCCGGGAACGGGAGUCUUUUGCUCGCUCGAGGACUUCCUUGCCAACGACUUUGACUAUGUCAUCGUGGGCGGCGGGACUGCCGGUGCAGUGGUGGCAGCGCGGUUGAGCGAGGACCCCAACGUCCGCGUGGGCGUCCUUGAAGCCGGCCAGAACCGUCUGGGAGAUCCUCUGGUCGAGACGCCGGGGACGCUGGCGUUCCUUCUAAGAAAUCCCACGUACGCGUGGGACUUUAUGACGGUGCCUCAGACCGCCAACAACAACAGAUCCUACCAUGUCACACGCGGCAAAGUCCUCGGAGGCUCCAGCGCCAUCAACUUCAUGGCCUACACGUACCCGUCGCGACGCGAUUGGGACGACCUGAAAGAGCUGGGCAUCACCGGGUGGUCGUGGGACGACAUGUACCCCUACUACCGACGGGUCGAGCACUACGACCCCGCGACCAAGCCCGAGCCAGAGUUCUACCCGAUCGACACGGCGGUGCACGGCAGUGAGGGCCCCAUCCACACGUCGUGCGCCAGCGCGCGUACCUCGACCGAAGACGCCGUCCUUGCCGCCCUGCAGGAGACGUCGGGUCUGCCACUGGCCAAGGAGCCGUACUCGGACUCGGGUGAUCACCAGGGUUGGUUUGGGUGCUUGAACGCCAUUGACCGCAGCGUCAACAAGGGCACGCGCAGCUACGCGGCGACGGGGUACAUUGCGCCAAUCCUGCAACGCACCAACCUGAAGAUCCUGACGGAAGCCACCGCCACCAAGGUCAUAUUGGAACAAGACAAUGGCGAUUCCACGUUAAAGAUCGCGCGAGGCGUGGAAUUCGCUCAUGCGGGCCGUCACACCCCAUUACAGACCGUCCGCGCCAAAGCCGAAGUCAUCCUCUGUGCCGGUGCGAUCCAGACACCGCAACUCCUAGAGCUCUCUGGGAUCGGCGACGCGUCGAUCCUGCGCGCGGCGGGCGUGACUCCACGAGUCGAGAAUCCGCACGUGGGCGUCAACGCGCAGGAGCAGAUCAUGACCAACGUGAGCUACGAGCUCGCCGACGGGGAAACCAGCCUCGACAGCAUCUACACGGACCCGACGUUCCUGCCCGCGCAGCAGGCGCUGUACGCCACGUCGCGCGAGGGUCUCCUGGCCAGCAGCCCCGGGCUGAACGGGUUCACGUCGUACGCGGGGCUGGUGAGCGCGAGCACGCUGGAACGAAGUGUGUCGUCGCUGACCUCCCUCCCACCCAUUUCGUCCUCGUCACCGUCGUCGCCCGUGCCAGAGAUCGAUUCCCGACAUGCGCGCAUCCUGGCGUCGCGGCUCGCCUCGCCCACCGCCUCGGCGAUCCAGUACAUCCUCAUCGCGGCGUUUUGCGACACUCGCGACGGCCACGGCGACAUGUCCAAGUUCAUGCCCGGCCCGCCGCCGCCGCCAUUCUCAUCAUCCCCAAAUCCAUCGUCGACAAACCCUUGCAUCUCCCUACAAACCGUCCUCAUGUACCCGGCCUCCCGGGGCUCCGUGCACAUCACGUCCGCAGACCCGUUCGCUCCACCGCGGAUCGACUACGGGCUCCUCUCGCACCCGGCCGACGUCGACGUCCUUGCCGCGGGCCUCGCCCUCGCCGACCGCGUGUUCGCUUCGCCGCACCUCCGCCCGCGCGUCAAGCGCCGCGUGUACCCGGCCGAGGGAGUCGACGUGCAGAACCCCGCCGUGGCCCGGGAGACUGUGCGCGAGGCCGUGACGCUGAUCAACCACCCGCUGGGGACGUGCGCGCUGGGCAAAGUCGUCGACGACCGCCUGCGGGUGACGGGUCCCGUGCGGGGACUGCGCGUCGUCGACGCCAGCGUGCUGCCCAUGCAGCCGAGCGCGUUCCCCAUGGCGACCGUCUACGCGAUUGGAGAGAAGGGCGCGGCCAUGAUCAAGGAGGACCGGGUCUCCAGCAAGGCUUUGUAG